ACGUUGUACAAAUCAGUAAGAUUACAUUUCACUUCCGGUAACCAUCUUUGUUUGGAAUAAGAGACGCAACCUGGAAAACGGGGAGAAGACAGAAAAAAGAAAAACGGUCACAAGUGCAGCAGACGGAAUAUUUACCCUGAUUGGGAAACACCUUCAAAGCUGCGUGUUGAAUGUCCAGACCAGUCGUCGUCAUCAGACAAAACCUGCUGCUGCUUCAGAAUAAGGUCUCUGAGUAGAAGUCUGCAGGGGGCUCACCAUGGUGCAGGAGAAGAAUGACGGGAUUAACGGCAACAUGGUCCUUUCACCUACUCAACAAAAUAGACUUGCUUUGUCAUGGGAAUUGAAGAUCAAGAAAAAGCUAAAGACUGUGCCUCCGUGUCUAGGCAAGUUCAGACCAACUGUUGGUGCGUGCUGCCACCAGUGCACCCCAGACAGUCUGCGCAAGAAGCUUGGACAAAACUCUUCACUUGGCUUUCACAACCUGCUGAGUGUCAAUGAGACACACACCAGGUAUCGAGGCUGGCUGGUGCGGAGGGUGUGCUGUGCGCUGUUUGUGAGUGGGUGCAAGGUUUACUCGAGUCCUGUCAGCAACAGACUGGAGAGAGUCUGUCAGAGCAACAGGGUGAAGGAGGCGCUCAAAGCAGUGCAUAAAGCACCUGAGGGGGGAGACAGCCAAGGGCAGCUGAACCACCUUUCACCAUUCCUCCCCCUCAUUAACACCUGCAUAUCACCUGGCCUCUUACGAUUCCUGAGCUGGGUGAUGCUGAAGAUGCUUUCUUCCGUGUUUGGCAGUAUUCAAGUUAACCUCAACCAUCUGCCAGCUUUGCACAGAGCCUCACAAGAGGGAUCUCUGCUGGUGUAUGUGCAUGUGCGUCAGAGCAUCGUGGAUUGUGCUCUCAUCCCUCUGGUGCUCUUCUCUCACAGCCUGAGGGUCCCAUACACUAUGUUUCCCCUCCACAUUACCAGCUCCUCCAUACGAUCAAUCUUGAAGAAAGUAGGUGUGGUCCUCCUGCCAAUUUCUGCAGUGACCGAGCAGGAUGCUGAGAUGGACAGUCUGUACGCUCCUGUAAUGACCUCCCUGGUACGUGAGCUGCUACAUGAGGGUCAGGCCUUAAGUGUUGGUGUGUCAGGGGUGUCUGGCCGAGGUGGCCAGUGGCUGGCUCGCAUCAGACAACUCAUCAAAGAGGGAUCUGUCCGCGAUGUCAAUCUGGUCCCUGUGGGCAUCUCCUAUGACUGUGUGCCCAAGAUCAUCACACAGGUUGGCAUAAGCUCUGUGCUGCAGUGGUUUUGGUCUCUUCUCUGGAGGAGAACAGGAGGAAGUGUGAGGAUCCACUUUGCUCAGCCCUUUUCUCUCAAGGAGAUGUGCGAGUCAAGGAGAUGCAGAGUAGAUGAAUGGCUCCCUCUACAGGACCUAUUGCUGCCUGUUAUCCUCAACAACAGAACUGACAGUGUGUUUGGGGGGAGGAAGAUGUCGUGGCUUCUUCCUUCUUCUCAUUAUGCAGCUGAACUCAAAGAGCCAACUGAUCCUGAGAGAGACCUCAGCAUCGCCAUCAUCCUCCACCUCAUCUUCUCUGCAGCCUCCUGCACGGCUGUGAUGUCCACCAGUCUGGUGUCCAGUCUUUUGCUUUACAGACACCGCAAGGGUGUGAGUGCUUCUGCCCUGUGUCGUGAUGUGGCCUGGCUCACGGAGGAACUGUUGUUUAGGAACAAAGACGUCGGUUUUGGGGGAAGUUUGGAGGAGGUUGUCCAAUAUUCCCUCUCCCUGCUAGCCCCUCACCUCAUCAUAGCUGCAGUGCCGUCUAGGAAAGACCCUUUUAUUGUGCCCCGUCGUUCUCUUGCUGCCACUCUUCACCUCACCCUCCAGGCCCAGAUUGUCACACACACCUUUAUUUCAGAAGCAGUUGGUGCGUGUGCAGUGUCUGCCAUGCUGUGUGAGUUGGUCGGCAGUGGUGUCAGCAGCAGGGUGAGGAGUGACGGUGUGGACGGAGAGCAGGUCAACAGUGACAUGGAGUUUGAUGUGGUGCUCUGCCAGUCCGAGUUGACGGAGAGAGCCCUGCAGCUCUGCCAUCUCCUGCCUCCGGGCUUCAUGCCACCCUGUCAGUCGUCCCAAAGUUUUGCUCUGGAUGCAGUUGACAGUCUGGUACGCUGUGGCAUCCUGAUCAUGGAAGAAAUUCCCAGAGACGUUCCUAUCUGUGAUUUCUGGAAAAAGGAGGGCGCUCUGUCCUGGACCACUACUGAUGACCCUUAUCACAGCGACUCUGACUGUGACAUGGAGGAGCAGGACCUGCGUUCCUACAAGAUAAGCCAGCCGAGACAGUGUCCAGAGAUGCUCUUCUUCCUCUGCAGUAUGCUAGCUGGUCAUCUGAGGGCACUGUGCUGGACGACCACCGGACUGGACCUUCUACACACACCUCUGCCAGAGGCAGAUUUUGUGGCUCGGAUACACUCCCAUCUGUGUGACACCGCAAAUAAGAAGAAACAGCACUUUGAGAGCUGCUCAGAGGAGGCUGCACACACAGCAGUUAGAUCUCUAAUAGACAUGGGGGUCCUUUCGCAGGAGUGUCAGAAAGGAGGCGUCUUCCUGGGUGUCAGCCCUUUGUUCCAGUUGUCAGAAAACAGGCAGAAACUGCAUCGCUUCAUCUCCCAGUACCUCUACAAUUAAUGUGUUUAACUGUGCUGCGUGACUCAAGGCCCUGGCACGGCUUUGUCGUAUUGCACAUUCUGACCUCAUCCUCUGUUAGUGUCAUAGAAGCUUUUGUUCGGUGUUAAAAAAAGAUGCAUGCUGAGCUGGGAUGCUCAAGCCUUUAGGUUAAUUGCAUUUAGAUUUUUCAGUGAUGAGACAUUGAUUUCAAGUUUGUCUUUAGUAAUAGCAUUAGCAUAAAACCACAGGAGACACAGAUUAUUAAAUCCCUUUAAUCAGCUGUAAGGACUCUGCUCGGUGGAGCACGUGUUUCGACCAUGUUUAUGUUGUAAUGAAGGCUGUGCAAGUUUUGUAAAGUGAGCAUCAAGUUUGCCUUUUUUUUGUUUUUUCAAGUCAAUC